UGUUAUUAUCAGGCGAUUGUAUUGUGAAUGAAAGCAUGUUGACCGGCGAGUCUGUUCCCGUGUCCAAACUGCCCAUCACAGAUGCAUCAUUGAAUAUUUUAGAUUUGAGUGUCACUAAUGUGCGACCAGAAGUUGCCAAACAUUUCUUAUUUUCUGGGACAAAGAUUGUUCGAGUCCGUAAAGCUAAAAGCAACGGCGUUGCAUCUGGUGUUGAUGAAGAAGGAAAGGCACUUGCAAUGGUUGUACGAACAGGAUUUAAUACGACCAAAGGAGCCUUGAUUAGAUCUAUGUUAUUUCCAAAGCCAAACGAAUUUAAAUUUUACCGUGAUUCAUUUCGGUUCAUUGGAGUAUUGGCUUUGAUAG